UUCAAAUCUAAUGAGCAGUUAUCAAUUGCUAAGCAGAGUGAAGCAGCUUGGUUGCAGACGGAGCGAGUGGCUACGGUGGCGGCAGGGGAUACUUGUAAAGAUGGAUCCUUUCACCGAGAAACUGUUAGAACGAACUCGUGCCAGGAGGGAGAAUUUACAGAAGCUGAUGUCUGGGCGUUCCACAGCAGAAGUCCGGAAUAUGGCUCAAACAAAAAGAAAUAGAGAGCCUUUAUCAGAAGCUGGUAAUCAGUCAAUUCAGUCUAAUGAAGAAGUUUCUAUAGCAAAACCAAGUACAAAGCCAUCACCAUCCAAAAGACAUUGUUCAGACAAUGCAGAAAUUUCAGUUUCUAACUCAGAAAAUAUGCAUCCAGUUAAUUUAUCCUCGAUAAAUCCAGUUCUUCCUGAAAUGACUCCUACCUCUCAGUUUGCUGCUUCAUCCUCAGAGACUGAAGAACACAACUCUACAUCUGAACUGACUUCUGUUAGUUCAGUUAAAACACGUAUGCAGAAGUUGGCAGAACAGCGACGCUGCUGGGAUAAUGAUUUGCCUGAAAACAUUUCCAUAACACCUAUCCUAUCAAAGGAAUGUGUCAUCUCCCCACCCAAACAACUUAAUGCAGUAACUGAUGCACCAAUAGGAAGAAGAGGCCGUCUAGCUAACCUUGCUGCUACAAUUGGCUCCUGGGAAAAUGAUCUAAGCCAUCCAUCUGCAAAGCAAAACAAUACACAAGAACAGCCUGGUACUACUUGUUUUUCCAAAUUGUCCACUACAAGUGGAGCAUCUGCUAGAAUCAAUAGUGGUAGUGUGAAGCAGGAUGCUACAUCCUGUCCACAAACGGCCGUGGAUAAGUCAGCAAUCUCUGGAAUAUUGGAAGGAACUAAUAGUUCUGUAGCAGAAGCCUCAGGAAUUACUAAAAGCCAUUCUAAAGAAACUGAGGUACCAAAUCUAAAAGAAAAGGGCAAUCUUUACCUAACACCAACAUCUCAACACCAACAUCCUACCAAAGAAGAGCAAAUACAAGAAACACAUAUACAAGCUGACUACAAAGAUAAGCCCAACACACCAGGAGGUUCAAACAUUAAACUUUUUCUGGAACAUUUUGGGGAGUGUUGCCAGGACUAUACUGCGCAAAAUCCUGCAAUUGCAGGAGGGUACAGAACUCCAAUUAUCACUCCAAACACAAAGACAAUCCAAGAAAAACUCUUCAGGCAGAAUGAAGCAUCUUCAGCUUCCAGUCUAGCACAGCAGCUCAAACAAGAACGUGAAAGAGAACUUAAAUGUAUACGAGGUCGCUCCGACUGGACCAAUUUGUGGAGUGCUGAAAAAGGAGACCAGCCCAAGAAAAAGCCUCCAGAGAUAAAAUUAGAGAAACAUAUGAAUGCUGAUCUAAAGCUCUUCCCGUGUACAGAUGCCAGUUCCCAGUUAGUAGAAAAAAGGUUCAGAACAUUUAAAAGAGUUGCGGAAAGCACAUAUUCAGAUCCUUCAGAAAACGAAAAGGCAGAAGAACUCAAUCCUCUGAAAGUUUGUUCACCAAAGACUCCUGUAAAACCAGCUUCUAACACAAAACUUGAACAAAUUCCUAAUAGACAGAAUGGUAAAGAAGAGGAAACUGAAAGAAAUGAUGAGAUGAAUACCACAAAGGUAAUAAGUGACAUCUUUGAUGAAGUCCUUCAUGAAGAUGGGCUUGACAUAGAGAAACUUAAAAAAGAAAUGAGCAUAACUUUAGAAACUGAGAGUGAUGAUGAACAAGAAGAGACACUGAAUAUUUCAUCGAUGUCUCUCUUAACACCUUUAACCGAGGCUGUUGCUGUUGCAAGUCCAGAGAUUUUUGCUUCUCCUAGUAAGUCAAUUGUUGAAGGAAGUACUGCAAGUGAUGAGAGUCCAAAGUCCAUCAGAUUCCAGAGAAUGUCUGUCUGCAGAACUGAAUCUGGAAGUAGCAUUGGGUCUUUAUCAGAAGAACGUAACCUCUAUAGUAUUGAUACCUAUCGAUCCCAGAGAUUUAAAGAAACUGAUCGUCCAUCAGUGAAACAAGUAAUUGUUCGUAAAGAAGAUAUAUCUUCCAGGCUUGAGGGGAAGAGAAAUGGAAAUGAUCAAAUUAACAUUAAACAGAAGUUACAGGAGCUGAAUAAUGAAAUUAAUAUGCAACAAACAGUCAUACAUCAAACAAGCCAGGCUCUUAAUUGCUGCAUUGAUGAGGACCAUGGGAGAGGAUCACAAGAAGAAGCAGAAGCUGAGAGGCUACUUCUUAUUGCAACUGAAAAAAGAGCAGCAUUAUUGGAAGAGUUAAACAAGCUGAAAAAUAAACGACCUCAGAAUAAGAAGAUAAAAGCUGAUUCUACAAUUUCUAGAGUUUCACCAUCCAAAGGAUCUGUCACUCUGUCAGAAAUGCGACUACCUUUAAAAGCAGACUUUAUAUGCAAUAUCCAGAAAGCAGAUACAGCAAAUUACUACUAUAUAAUCAUGCUAAAAUCAGGUGCAGAAAACAUGGUUGCGACACCUUUAGCAAGUACUGCUAAUUCUCUGUGUGGAGAUGCUCUUUCUUUUUCAACAACAUUUACAUUGCAAAAUGUGUCCAGUGACUUUGAGAUAAACAUUGAAGUGUAUAAUUUGAUACAGAAAAAAGAGUUCAUUGGUGUCGAUAAGAAGAAAAAAUCAACUAAGUCAAAGGCUAUUACUCCAAAGAGAUUACUGACAUCUAUUACUACUAAAACUAAUCUUGCACCAGCUAUGACCAGUCCAGGUGGACCUAAUUCUGUGCGCACAAGUAACUUUACUCUUGUUGGUUCACAUACAAUUUUACUGUCUUCAGUUGGGAGUACCAAAUUUCUGUUGGACAAGGCUCCUUUCUUGUCUCCUCUGGAAGGGCACAUAUAUCUGAACAUUAAAUGUCAAAUUGAUUCUUGCGUGGAAGAGAGAGGGUUUUUGACUAUGUUUGAAGAUGUUAGUGGGUUUGGAGCUUGGCAUCGACGCUGGUGUGCUCUUUCAGGAAAUUGUAUCUCUUAUUGGACCUAUCCAGAUGAUGAAAAGAGAAAGCAUCCACUGGGCUUCAUAAAUUUGGCAAACUGCACUAAUCGUCAGAUUGAACCAGCCAACAGAGAAUUCUGUGCUCGUCACAAUACUUUUGAGCUAAUUACUGUUCGUCCCCAGAGAGAAGAUGAUAAGGAAACAUUAGUUAGCCAAUGCAAAGACACACUCUGUGUUACCAAGAACUGGUUAUCAGCUGAUACUAAAGAUGAACGUAAUCUUUGGAUGCAGAAGUUAAACCAAGUGCUUAUUGACCUUCGUAUGUGGCAACCUGAUGCUUGCUAUGUCCCUAUUGGAAAACUUUGAAUUAUGGUUUCUCCUUAAAGCUUACUUUAAGAGCUAAAUACAAACUGUUAUUUUUAAAUGAGUGAUAUGUAAGCAAAAUUAAUAUAAGCUGAAUGGUGCAAUAUUAUGGUUGCUCAGUAACGCAGCUUCCACAAAUAUUUUCUACUUAUAUCAAUAUGCUAAGAUGUAACUACAUCUGCUUUGAAAAAUUAGACAUGCACUUCCUUUAUAUGAUGUGGCUUUAAAUAAACACUAAUACUUUAUACAUUG